UCCACUUUUCUUCCGCCCUUUUCUUUCUCCACCCCACACUUUUCAUUUUCACCUUCCCAACCAUAUCACAACAAAAACCCCAUUUUUCUACAUAAAUUAUUCAUCAAUUUUAUCAAAAAAAUUAAAAAUAAUAAUAAUAUUAAGUUCCAAAAAAAAAAUCCCCAUUUUUAUUUCAUUCAAAUAAAUAAUCAUUCAUCUUAGAAAAUUAAAAUUAAAUUAUUUGAAGAAUCUUUUUCGUGUCCAAACUGUAUUCCUUAGUCAAAACAUCCACGCCUGGAGAGAAAAGUAGUAAUAGCCUUUUCUUUAGAGAGAGAUGGGUACCUAACCUUCUUUCUUUUUCUGUUUUUUUUGCUAAAUUUCUGAGUUAAUUUUAGUGUUUUUGCACCAGAUCUACGUGACCCAAUUUUGGUUUUAUUUAUUUUGUUACAAAAAUUUUAAUUUUAGUUCAUUACAUCAUUUAGUUUGUGCACAAAAUUUUCCUCAAAAAAAAAAAGUUUGUGCACAAAAUUAUAGUGUAUAAUCCAACUUCUGGGUGUUUUUGUUAGGUGAAAUUUUCACAAGUUUUGCUGUUUCAUUGAUUUUUAUUUUUUUUUAUCUGUUUAAAAUUAAAAUAAAAGUUAGUUCAGUUUUGUUGAAUUUGUAUGGGAGCUUGUUGGAGUAAUCGGAUCAAGGCUGAGAGUCCCCUUCACACCGGGUUUAGCAAGGAUGGAAAUGAAUGGAGUCGGUCAAAUAGCAAACAAUCGUCCACAUCAAUACCGCAGACUCCUCGAAGUGAAGGUGAGAUAUUGCAGUCUUCCAAUUUGAAGAACUUCAGCUACAAUGAAUUGAAGACAGCAACUCGAAACUUCCGUCCUGAUAGUGUGUUGGGAGAAGGUGGUUUUGGUGCCGUGUUCAAGGGGUGGAUUGAUGAACAUUCUCUUACUCCCACUAGACCUGGAACUGGGAUGGUGAUUGCUGUUAAAAGGCUUAACCAAGAAGGGCCUCAAGGCCAUAAAGAGUGGUUGACGGAAAUUAACUAUCUGGGGCAAUUACGUCAUACAAAUCUUGUGAGAUUGAUUGGUUAUUGCUUAGAAGAGGAACAUCGGCUACUGGUGUAUGAGUUCAUGCCUCGUGGGAGCAUGGAGAACCAUUUAUUUAGAAGGUCUGCACAUUUCCAGCCUCUUUCUUGGAGCCUAAGAAUGAAGAUAGCUCUUGGUGCUGCAAAGGGGCUUGCUUUUCUUCAUAGUGAUGAAGCUAGAGUUAUUUAUCGAGACCUUAAGACUUCAAAUAUCUUACUUGAUGUGAACUACAAUGCAAAGCUAUCUGAUUUUGGGUUAGCCAGGGAUGGACCUUCUGGAGAUAAAAGCUAUGUCUCUACUAGGGUCAUGGGAACUCAUGGUUACGCUGCACCAGAGUAUGUCGCAACAGGUCAUCUGACUCCGAAGAGUGAUAUAUAUAGUUUUGGGGUUGUCCUCCUGGAAAUGUUAUCUGGCAAACGUGUGAUAGACAAGAACCGGCCUACUGGUGAGCAGAAGCUGGUAGAAUGGGCAAAACCUUACCUCACCAACAAACGCAAAAUCUUUCGUGUUCUUGAUCCACGAAUUGAAGGGCAGUACUCUCUGGAUCAUGCAAUUAAGGUUGCUAACCUUUCUUUAAAAUGUCUGUCAUUUGAUCCCAAGCUAAGACCAAAUGUGAACGAGCUAGUUAAAGAACUAGAGAAGCUUCAAGUUCUGCAGGAGCCUACAAGGAAUGCAAGAAGAGAGACUCACCUUCCAGGCCAACUCAGUUGCCGAGCUAAUGGAGUUCAGUCCUACAGGCACAAUCUACCAAAAGCUUCAGGGGGCACUGCUGCUUAUCUGAAGCCAAGUCUACUUGCUGUUAAAUUAUAGUGAUAACGUAUAUAUGACGGAGUGAUAUAGAUUAUAAUUUUGAAUAGGAAAUUGGUGCAGCAGACCAUAGGAUAAAGGACACUGAUUCUCAUGAAUUCUGCAGUGUAUUAUAAGCUGUCAGGAGUAGAGCAUUGUACAGAGUCUUGCAUGUUGCAAAUACAUUUUGUGAUCCCCCCUUCCUCCUUCCCCUCGAUAAAAUAGAACGUUUGCCUUCUGUUUUUACAUUGUAGAUUAAGCUGUUUUGGCAGGCACAUUGUAGUUUCUGAGAAUUUUAGUGCAUUAUGUUUGGGGAAGUUGUAUUGUAAAGGAUGUAGCUUAUAGCUUCCAGAUUCCUGCUACUGCUACGUUUCUCGCUCUUGCUGUUUCAA